AUGCAACGGAAACCACAGGAAAAAUCAGAGGAUCGUUACGCGAGGAUAGACUUGGAAAUGAAUCGGCAACUAUGCCUCUCAGCCAAGCCGGAGAGUGCCCAGGCGAUCGACCCAACUAGGACGGAGCUCACAGCCAGUGAGAUGUGCACGAUCGAAUUGAUGCACAGCACACGACGCGCCGUGGCCGGUGGCGGAAAAACGCGCCGCCAACAACUAGCGCCGUCUACCAAGGUCUCAUACGAUGCACUGGAGGGCGUACCCACCAAGAACCAGCCCCAAAAAAUUACCGGUGUUCGCCUUAGGCUUUUGGCGUCGUGGGGGCAUUUUAUGAUGAUGCGGGGCGAGAGCCUCCGAUACUACAAGUUGCCCCACGUCAAUCUUCACUCCUUCGCAAAUCUGUCUAGCGGGGAGACUACAUCGCGCACCCUUGCCGUCGUCCUGAUUAUGACUCAAGGGAAAGCGAUGCGACACGGAGAAUGUACCUAUGGUGUUGCGGUCUGGAAUCGUUACUACGGUGGACAUCCUGACUGGCUCCAAUGGACGCUGAACAUCAUGACAAACAAACCCGAUAACCACAACAGGCCCCUUACCAAUAGGAUGGCCCUCCCAGCCCAGUCUAACAAGUCUGAGGUGCUGCAACUCAAGUUCCUACUCCUGCUUGUGCACCUGAGGAAGGUAUUUUUGCAGGAUGCAGUAGUUCUCCAGCAGUUCCGCCCCGACGAACAAUCCGAGUACAGCCGCCACCAUCUCUUUGCACAUCCUCUUUUCAAGUCUGUUGCUUUCCAGAUAUUUAGCAGGGAUCUCUCCACAGUAAUGGACGAUGCCGCGCCCCCUCGAUCCGAUAGCCUACGCCUCAACGCCCCCACCUUGGAGCAUGAGAUUCGAAAUCUGGACAGCAAGAUUACGGAUGGACUAAAGCAUCUUAAGCGACAUUUCGACGACGCCAGCGACAAUCUUACGACAAAAUUCCAGAGCUGGUUGAAACUCAAAGAGACCAUGGAUGCGACCGCAUUUUCCAACAUUUCAACCAGACAAACGGAUACUUUCAUAUCAGCACUUGGGAGGUCGAGUCAGAUACAAAACCUGGCCUUGGUGAUGACACUUCAGGAAUCUGUAAAUGUCUAUCAAAGGAAUUUACGGAAGGCGGAGGAGAUAUUAGGACCAACGGCCACUGUCCACGGAGCAUCAUUAUCGCCAUCCACAACCCAUUCCGUCGUUGUCCAACAGACUCGCUCUCCGAAUGUGCAACGUCUCCAACAAAAGCAACUAGUGAGCUCGAGUAGGGUUGGGGCGAAGGAAAGCUGUGUGGACCUGGCAGAUGAUUCGGAGACGGAGCAUGCUGAUGCGGAAGAGUUGGAGAGCGAGCUGGUCAUGGUUGAGGAGGAUAUGGACCUGAGUCAAACAGGACAGGGUACAUGCUCAGGGCCAUCAGUAGUCCAGGAACCGGCACAGCAAACGCCUGAGACCAUUCCAAAUUUGGAGGAGAGAUUGGACGAGUUGGCCUAUGAGCUGGCCUACGAUCGCAAUUUGACUCAUCCUGUCGAUAUGGACUUCAAGUAUGAAAUGAUCUCGAGGGGGCAUUCACUUCAGGACCAUUGGGAUGAAUGGUUCUAUGGAAUCAAGGACAACAGCAAUGGCAGGCACCCUUCAAAUUUGGAGAUUAAACGGCCCCCACAGACGCUACACCAUUUCCAAUGGCGAUACGCGGAUCCAGCAAAGUCGAAUAACCACUACAACAGCUUGUGGAGCUGGAAAAAAGGCAUCGUGUGUGGAGUGUUGACUCGAAUGCUGACUCUUACCGGAGACUUGCGAGACAGGGAGAGCGAGGCUAUCAGGCUGGUGGAGUGGGAUAUCAAGAACAGCAAUGAGUCUCUACACAAAUUUUCAAAGAAGCACAGUACUCGCAGAAACGGCCACAAUAAAUGA